CCCCCAGACUUCGCCCCGCCCCAGGCUGCGCCGGAAAGUGGCGGAGCCGGUUUGUCCCGGGCGGGUCUGGAACCAGGGCUGGCGGGGCGAAUGUAGGGACCUCUGUAGGUUGCGGCAGCUGCGGCGGCAUGGUGGGCCCGGAGAAGGAGCAGAGCUGGAUCCCCAAGAUCUUCAAGAAGAAGACGUGCACGACGUUCAUCGUUGACCCCACAGAUCCGGGAGGGACCUUGUGCCAGUGUGGCCGUCCUCGCAGUGAGCACCCAUCAGUGGCUGUAGAGGAUGCAUUCGGGGCAGCCGUGGUGACCGUGUGGGACAGUGACUUGCACACCACGGAGAAGCCCACUGAUGCGUACGGGGACGUGGACUUCGUGGGCGUUGGCCAUAAGGCCAGCAAUUUCCUCCGACUCUCUGACCGCACGGAUCCAGCUACAGUUUAUAAUCUGGUCACGCGCACAUGGGGCUUCCGGGCCCCGAACCUGGUGGUGUCAGUGUUGGGGGGUUCGGGGGACCCCAUUCUCCAGACCUGGCUGCAGGACCUGUUGCGACGAGGGCUGGUGCGGGCUGCCCAGAGCACAGGGGCCUGGAUCGUCACCGGGGGGCUGCACAGGGGCAUUGGCCGGCAUGUUGGUGCAGCUGUGCGGGACCACCAAACAGCCAGCACUGGGGGCACCAAGGUGGUGGCCAUGGGCGUGGCCCCCUGGGGUGUGGUUCGGAAUAGAAAGGCCCUCACCAACCCCAAGGGCUCAUUCCCUGCGAGGUACCCGUGGCGUGGUGACCCCGAGGACGGGGUCCAGUUUCCGCUCGACUACAACUACUCAGCCUUUUUCCUGGUGGACGACGGCACGCACGGCUGCCUGGGCGGCGAGAACCGCUUCCGUUUGAGCUUCGAGUCCCACAUCGCUCAGCAGAAGACCGGCGUGGGAGGGACUGGAAUUGACAUCCCUGUCCUCCUCCUCCUGAUCGAUGGUGAUGAGAAGAUGCUGAAGCGGGUAGAGAAUGCCACCAAGGCUCAGCUCCCCUGCCUCCUGGUGGCCGGGUCUGGGGGAGCUGCGGACUGCCUGGCAGAGAUCCUGGAAGACACUCUGGCUCCGGGGGGAGGGGGAAGCAGGAGAGGGAAAGCCCAAGAUCAGAUCAGGCGUUUCUUCCCCAAAGGGGACCCGGAAGCCCUGCAGGCCCAGGUGGAGAGGAUCAUGACCCGGAAGGAGCUGCUGACGGUUUAUACAUCUGACGAUGGCCCUGAGGAAUUUGAGACCAUCAUUUUGAAGGCCCUUGUCAAGGCCUGCGGGAGCUCUGAAGCCUCAGCCUACCUGGACGAGUUGCGUUUAGCCGUGGCUUGGAACCGCGUGGACAUUGCCCAGAGUGAACUCUUCCGGGGGGACAUCCAGUGGCGGUCCUUCCACCUGGAGGCCUCUCUCAUGGACGCGCUACUGAAUGACCGGCCCGAGUUCGUGCGCUUGCUCAUCUCCCACGGCCUUAGCCUGGGCCACUUCCUGACCCCGACGCGCCUGGCCCAGCUCUACAGCGCGGCGCCUCCCAACUCACUCAUCCGCAGCCUUUUGGACCAGGCGUCUCACGGCGCAGGCAACAAAACCCCAGUUCAUAAACCCUCUGCGGAGCCCCAGCUCCCUGACGUGGGGAAGGUGCUGCGGAUGCUGCUGGGGGAGACGUGCGCGCCGAGGUACUACGCGGUGAGCGCCGAGGAUCCCCACCAAGGCCCCGGCUGCAAGGAAAGCACGAAUCUGCUCUCGGAAAGGGCUACCUCGGAACUCGCCCUGGACGCUGUCCUCGGGCAGGCCCCUUGGAGUGACCUGCUGCUCUGGGCACUGCUCCUGAACAGGGCUCAGACGGCCAUGUACUUCUGGGAGAUAGGCUCCAAUGCUGUGGCCUCAGCUCUUGGGGCCUGUCUGCUGCUCCGAGUGCUGGCGCGCAUGGAAUCUGAGGCCGAGGAGGCAGCACGGAGGAAGGACCUGGCGGCCAAGUUUGAGGGACUGGGUGUUGACCUCUUCGGGGAGUGCUACCGCAGCAGCGAGCACCGGGCAGCUCGCCUGCUCCUCCGUCGCUGCCCACUCUGGGGAGAUGCCACCUGCCUCCAGCUUGCCAUGCAGGCUGAUGCCCGUGCCUUCUUUGCUCAGGAUGGGGUACAGUCUCUGCUGACCCAGAAGUGGUGGGGGGAGAUGGACAGCACCACACCCAUCUGGGCCCUGGUUCUCGCCUUCUUUUGCCCCCCACUCAUCUACACCAACCUCAUCACCUUCAGGAGGUCAGAUGACGAGUCCAUACAGAAGGACCUGGCAUUGGGAGUGGAGAGGGACAUCAAUGGAGAAGGGCCUGCCGGGCUGGCAGAGCCCCCUGAGAAGAUGCCCUCGAGGGGGUCACGGCAGCCCAGGCACGGGGUCUGCUGCGGGGGGUGUCCCCCGCGCCUACGCCGCUGGGCCCAGUUCUGGGGUGCGCCGGUGACGGUCUUCAUGGGCAACGUGGUCAGCUACCUCCUCUUCCUGCUGCUCUUCGCUCGGGUGCUGCUCAUCGACUCGCAGCCUGCGCCGCCCUGCACCCUGGAGCUGCUGCUCUACUUCUGGGCCUUCACCCUGCUCUGCGAGGAGUUCCGCCAGGGCCUGGGCAGUGGCUCGGGCAGCCUGGUCAUGGGGGGGCCCGGGCCAGGCCCCGGCCGGGCCCCGCUGCGCCACCGACUGCAUCUCUACCUCACUGACACCUGGAACCAGUGUGACCUAGUGGCCCUCACCUGCUUCCUCCUGGGUGUGGGCUGCCGGCUGACCCCCGGCCUGUAUGACCUGGGCCGCACUGUCCUCUGCCUCGACUUCAUGGUCUUCACGUUAAGACUGCUUCACAUCUUCACGGUUAACAAACAGCUAGGGCCCAAGAUCGUCAUCGUGAGCAAGAUGGUGAAGGACGUGUUCUUCUUCCUCUUCUUCCUGGGCGUGUGGCUGGUUGCCUACGGGGUGGCCACGGAGGGGCUCCUCAGGCCCCAGGACCGUGACCUCCCGAAUAUCCUGCGCCGCGUCUUCUACCGGCCCUACCUGCAGAUCUUUGGGCAGAUCCCCCAGGAGGACAUGGACGUGGCCCUCAUGGAGCAUAUCAACUGCUCGUCGGAGCAGGGCAUCUGGGCGCGCCCACCCGGGGUCCAGGCGGGCUCCUGUGUCUCGCUCUAUGCCAACUGGCUGGUGGUGCUCCUCCUCAUCGUCUUCCUGCUCGUGGCCAACAUCCUGCUGCUCAAUUUGCUCAUUGCCAUGUUCAGCUACACCUUCGGCAAAGUACAGGGCAACAGCGACCUCUACUGGAAGGCGCAGCGCUACAGCCUUAUCCGGGAAUUUCAUUCCCGUCCUGCGCUCGCCCCACCGCUCAUUGUCAUCUCACAUGUGCGUCUCCUCGUCCGACGAUUGCGCAGGCGCCGAGCCAGCUCGUCGCCCUUCCCGGCCUUCGAGCAUUUUCGAAUCCACCUGUCAAAGAAAGCAGAGCGGAGGCUGUUGACGUGGGAGUCGGUGCAGAAGGAGAAUUUCCUAAUGGCGCGCGCGCGGGACAAGCGGGAGAGCGACUCCGAGCGUCUGAAGCGCACGUCGCAGAAGGUGGACAUGGCCUUGAAGCAGCUGAGACAGAUUCGCGAGUACGAGCAGCAGCGUCUGAAGGGGCUGGAACAGGAGGUCCAGCACUGUAGCCGUGUCCUGGAAUGGGUGGCCCAGGCCCUGAGCCGCUCUGCGUUGCUGCCCCCAGGGGAACCACCUCCCCCAGUCCCACCUGAGCCCAGAGACUAAGCCCGGCUGGCAGACCUCAAGGAGUAGCCCCCACGGGGAGUUUUUGCUCCCAAGUAAGGUCUAGCUGGUCUUCAUUCCCUUCACCUGAUGACCUUGUCCUUGAAGCGCGCCCCAUGCCGAUGGACUAGCAGCUGGGCCGCUAUUGGGACCACCACAGGGAGUGUCAUCCCUGUGAACCACAGCGGGAACCAGGCCUCCUCUGGGCGGAUCGGCCUCUGGAGCCCAGGCAUUGCCCCUUAGGAGGCCGUGCCGCAGCCCGCCGGGCAGGGGAAUGCUACAGGGUUAUUGGGGUGCAGGGACCACAGACCCCACUCGCAGCUCCCCACACUGGGGAAAUAAAGCCAUUUGAAAGGA